AUGCACGAUGAUUCCAUGAUUGUUGGAGUUGGCACCGCCUUGGCUGUCAUUGCCCUUUCUACCUAUCCCGCAGUGUCCGGUCUGGUCCUGCAGGUCUUUAAUCGCCAGCCGCGCGAUGACGCCCUGUAUGAGGAUGCCGAUGGCAAGGCUACGGCCGCCUCGGUAAAAGCCUUCACUGCCAAGCUUCCCAAGGCUGCCAUCUUUCUGUCGGCCGUCCUCGGCUCUGCCGUCUCGCUAUCGGCCUCCAUCCUCGUCACCCUCCACCUUGCCCACGACGGCUUCCUCGUCGAGGACUGGCUGGCUACUGCUGCCUGGAACCUCAUCCUCCUCCAAGCCAUUGCCAUCGUGUUCACCCGAAACUCGACCCGGGCGUACAGCUAUGGACUUUAUACUUUCACGUCCGGCCUGUUGCUGUCUUUUGUCGUUCUCACCCAAGAUUCUCAGGUUUUGGAUGAAGUGCUGAAUGAGUACCCGGUGCUCUUCGGCCUCCGUGUCGCCGAAAUCGUCGCCAUCGUCGGCGUGUGUAUGGCAGGCAUCUUGCUGCCCCGUCGCCCGGAUGUCUACUUCAAGGACGAGAUGGUUGAUCGCAUGUACAGCACCAGCGCUUACGGCCGCUUCACCUUCUCCUGGUCCAACGACCUGCUCGGCCUGUCGACGAAGAAGCAGACGCUGGAUCUUGACGAUCUGCCUCGCCCUGACCACAACACCCGGUCCGAGGACGUUGCGCGUGUUUGGAAGGAAAACGGCUACUCGUCCGAACGCCUCUGGCUCUCCAUUGUUCAGGCACACGCAUUCGAUUUCGCCAUGCAGUGGGUUCUCACCAUCAUCGGUGCUUUUCUCAACUUUGCUCCCCAGUGGGUUAUCCUCCAGCUUCUUCGUAUUCUUGAGACUCGAAGCAGCGACGAGGCUAGAGGUAUAGAUGUCUGGAUCUGGUUGGUGGAGUCGUACGUCUUUUGGCUAUCGUGGGCCGAGCUCGCCAUUCCGAUUCGUGCUCAGCUAUCUGCCCUGAUCUUCGAGAAGGCCAUGCGGAGAAAAGACGUCAAGUCAAACAAAAAGGCGGCAAAGGCUGCCGUGGCUGAUUCCAGCAUCGCAGCCAACCCUACCGAAGCGUCGGCCGAAGACGAGGGUGAGGCUGGGGAUGAUGAGCUCGAGUCGGCCAAAAAGACCAAGCAGGGCACGGUCAACCUGAUUGGCCUCUUUGUGUCCCUGGCAUUCCUGGUGCAGCUUCUCGGCUGGAUUCCCCUUCUGGCCGGAUUCUCGGCCAUGGCCAUCAUCAUGCCCGUGAACAUCAAGUUCUCAAAGAAGUACUCCGAUGCGCAGGACAAGCUGAUGAAGCUCCGGGACGAGAAGCUUGCUGUUGUGACUGAGGCGCUGCAGGGCAUCCGCCAGAUCAAGUUCUCCGCUCUCGAGCCGCAGUGGGAGGGGAAGGUGGGCGAGGUGCGCGACCGCGAGCUCAAGAGCGUGUGGAACGUGUUCAUGUUCGACACGGCGCUCAUGGCCUGCUGGAUCACCAGUCCGAUCGCCCUGUCUGCGAUCUGUCUGCUUGUGUAUGCGUAUAUCCACGGCGAGCUGACUCCGUCGGUUGCAUUUGUCAGCUUGGGCAUCUUCCGUUCGCUGGAGACGACGUUAUCGGUCGUGCCUGAGCUGACGACCGAUCUCCUUGACGCAUGGGUCUCCAUCAAGCGUAUCGAAGACUACCUCUCUUCGCCAGACAUCGACAAGGUGGCCAAGGACGGCGAUGUCGUUGUGUUUGAAAACGCGACCAUUGCGUGGCCGUCGGAAGAGAAGCUGGAGGAUAGCGAGCACUUUAUUUUGCGCGAUCUCAACGUCACAUUUCCGGCAGGCGAGCUAUCCAUCAUCUCUGGCAAGACGGGUUCUGGCAAGAGCCUGCUGCUGGCUGCCAUUCUGGGCGAGGUUGAUCUUCUGGCCGGCUCCAUCCAGGUACCGCACUGUCUGCCCAUUGCCGAGCGUCACGACGAGAAGGCGACCAAGGCCAACUGGAUCCUGCCCAAGUCGAUGGCGUUUAUCGCGCAGAUUCCGUGGAUCGAAAACGCAACGAUCAAGGAGAACAUCGUCUUUGGCCUUCCGGUUGACGAGGACCGGUACCGCAAGACGAAAUGGCGCAUCACGCUGGCGCGGGCAAUCUACUCCCGGGCCGGCAUUCUGAUCAUGGACGACAUCUUCAGCGCGGUCGAUGCCCACGUGGGUCGCCACAUCUUUGAAAAGUGUCUCACCGGCGAGCUCUGUGCCGGUCGGACACGCAUUCUGGUGACGCAUCACGUUGCGUUGUGUGCGCCCCGGACCAACUUCUUGGUGGAGCUGGGCGACGGUCGCAUCGCUCACGCGGGCCUUCUGUCGGAGCUAGCCAGGGACGGCACGCUGGACCAAGAUUCAAAGAGCCACGUGGAGACGGCCGAGGAGGCGGCUGAGGACGAGACGGUCGACGCGACGGCAGUGAACUCGGACAACAGCACAGACAGCGGUGAAGCCGACGGCGGCAGUGCCCUCGACAAGGUUGCGUCCAGGGCGACACAGCCGCAGGAGCCGGAGCGCCAGGCGCGGAAGUUUGUCGAGGAAGAGAAGCGUGAGGAGGGAGCUGUGCGCAAGCAUGUGUACAUGGCCUAUCUCAAUGCCAGUGGUGGCUGGGCGUUCUGGACCGGGGCUCUGGUGUUCUUUCUGCUGUUGGAGCUGAACGCGAUUAGCCGCUCAUGGUGGCUUCGGAUCUGGACCGGCCACUACCAAGGCGGUGAUGAAGAGACGGUGCUGAACCUGUCAGCCAUGGGUCUUUCUGCGUUGAGCCAACGAUCCGUGGUCCAGCAGUCCGCCGAUCUGCAGUAUUCGUAUGGCCUCGAUCAGCCUGUGCUGGCCGGCUCCGGUUCCGAGUCGGGCUCUCACUCGUCCCAGUACUAUAUGACCAUCUAUGUGGUGCUUGCGGGGAUUUCGGCACUGUUUGGCUCUCUGCGCUGCUACUAUGUCUAUCGCGGUUCGAUCCGGGCCAGCAGGACGCUGUUUGCAAAGCUCAACUUUAUCAUCCUGCGGUCACCCCUCCGCUGGCUCGACACGGUGCCGGUGGGCCGGAUCCUGAACCGGUUCACGGCGGACUUCAACACGAUCGACACGCAAAUGGCCAACUCGAUCAGCUUUGGUGGCGCAGCAGUGAUCCGCGUGUUCGGCGUGAUCAUCGCCGGCCUGAUGGUGUCGUACUUUGUGGUGCUGCUGUCAGUGCUGCUGCUGCUGGCCUGCACGUACUUUGCGUUCCUGUACAUCGCAGCGGUGCGGCCGGUCAAGCGGCUGGAGAGCACGGCCAAGUCGCCGGUAUUUGAGCAGUUUGGAACGGCACUCUCGGGCGUGGCCACGAUUCGCGGUUUCGACAAGCCGAGCGUAUACAUUGAGCGCAUGUACCGGCGGCUGGACGACUGGUCGACGACGACGUGGCACAUGAUGCUCUUCAACCGCUGGGUCGGCUGGCGAAUGAGUCUGGUCGGAUCCUUCUUCUCGGUCAUGGUGGCGGCCAUCGUGCUGUCGUCCCCGCAGAUGGACUCGGCCCUGGCUGGCUUCGCGCUGGCUUAUGCCAUGGAGUUUGCAGCGAGCAUCAUGUGGGCCGUGCGACUGUACGCCAACGUGGAGCUGCAGAUGAACGCGGCCGAGCGCAUCAUCGAGUACACGGAGCUGUCGACCGAGUCGCUCGAGGGGGGCAGUCCGCCGGCUGCCUGGCCGACAGAGGGUCGCAUCGAGGUCGACAAUCUGGUCGUCAGCUAUGCGGCCGACCUGCCGCCAGUGCUCAAGGGCGUGUCCUUUGACGUGGACCGCUGCCAGCGUGUCGGCGUGGUUGGCCGCACCGGUGCCGGCAAGUCGUCGCUGACCCUGGCUCUCUUCCGCUUCCUCGAGGCCCAGUCGGGCAGCAUCCACGUCGACGGUAUCGACAACAGCAAGAUCAAGUUGCACGAUCUGCGCUCGCGUCUGGCCAUCAUCCCCCAGGACCCCGUCCUGUUCUCGGGCACCAUCCGCACGAAUCUGGAUCCCUUUGAUGCCUACACCGACGCUGAGCUGCAGGACUGCCUCGCGCGCGUGCACCUGACGACGCCGGUGUCCGACUCUUCCGCGUCCGCAGCCUCGGCCUCGUCGGCCGUCCACAAUAGCAACAUCUUUGACGACCUGCAAUCUUCCGUGUCGGAGGGUGGUCUGAACCUGUCGCAGGGCCAGCGGCAGCUGCUGUGUCUGGCCCGCGCCAUUGUGCGGCGACCUCGUGUCAUGGUGCUGGAUGAGGCCACAUCGGCCGUCGACAUGCACACCGAUGGUCUGAUUCAGCGCAGCAUCCGCGAGGAGUUCACCGGCGCCACCCUGCUGGUCAUUGCCCACCGCCUGAGCACCAUUGCCGACUUUGACCGCAUCCUGGUGCUUCAGGACGGCACCGUGGCCGAGUACGGCUCACCGCGCGAUCUGUGGGCCAAGGGUUCCGACCACGGCGUUUUCCGUGCCAUGUGCGAAGAGAGCGGCGAACGCGACAGGCUGGAGAAGGUCGUGCUGGGCGAGUCAUAG